GUCACACUGCGCACAAGAAACAAAAAUAUUAUAAUUUUGAGCCCCUACAAUUCAAAUCAAAUUCAGUUUCCAGCAAAGUGUUGACUUUCCACGCUGAAUAAAAAUUAAUACAACAAAGUUUUAGAGAAUAUAAAAUCGACGACACAUACAAGUCGGAGCCUUUCCACAUAUAGAGGAGGCAUAAACGAAGGCCAAACGGAUAAUUGGAGAUUGGAUGAUAAGGCAGGCGUGCCGCCGCCAGGUUCCGGGAAAAGUGAACUCUUCUCCGUACCAACGAUGUCCCCCGCCUUCCUGACGUUGGUCGCCGUUGUCGUGUGCAUACUGUUUCGCAUCCUGAACGUGCACAGCCAGCCCCUAAAGCCGAGUGUCUGGUGCCUGGACGAGCAGUUCCUCGAUUACCUCUACAAAAUAGCGCCUGUAUUAAAAGAGCCCUAUAUUCCUCCGCGACUCUGGGGCUUUAGUGGUCAUGUGCAAACGGUUUUGCACAGCAUUGUAGGACGAGUACGUUGCCCGUGGCCCUUGGGAGAGCGAGUCUAUCUCUCCCUGCGUGAUGGCUCCACAUUAACCUACGACCUUUACCAGCCCCUCCACGAGCAAGAGGACGAUGUAACCGUGGCCAUUUGUCCCGGCAUAGCCAACAGCUCGGAAUCGGUUUACAUACGAACCUUUGUUCACUUGGCUCAGUGCAAUGGCUAUCGCUGUGCGGUACUGAAUCACAUUGGAGCUCUGCGCAGUGUCCAGGUUACAUCGACACGCAUCUUUACCUAUGGCCACACCGAGGAUUUCGCCGCCAUGGUGGAAAAUUUACAUCAGAAGUAUCGUCAGAGUCGAAUUGUAGCGGUCGGAUUUAGUUUGGGCGGAAAUCUGGUCACCAAAUACAUGGGCGAGAUGCAGAAGCUCAAGCCACUCAGCGUCAUCGGUGGCAUAUCCAUAUGCCAGGGCUACAAUGCUGUAGAGGGAACCAAAUGGUUGCUGAAUUGGCAAAACUUCCGACGCUUCUACCUAUACAUUAUGACGGAGAAUGUGAAGAGUAUUAUCCUGCGACAUCGCCACAUCCUGCUCUCCGAUGAGGUCAAGACACGUCAUAAUCUGAACGAGCGCGAAAUAAUUGCAGCGGCAACUUUGCCAGAACUGGAUGAGGCCUACACAAGGAAGGUCUAUAAUUUCGGCUCCAUCCAGGAACUGUACAAAUGGAGCUCCUCGCUGUUCUACUUUGAUACAAUAGAGAAGCCCAUGAUAUUUAUAAAUGCUAAGGAUGAUCCAUUGAUACCAGAGGAGUUGUUGCUGCCCAUCAAGGAGUAUGCAAUUACACGACAGAAUACAGCCUAUGUAGAGGUGGCCCAUGGCGGUCAUCUGGGCUUCUACGAGGGCGGUUUCCUUUACCCGAAUCCCGUCACCUGGCUGGAUCGCACACUGGUGGCCAUGGUGGGAUCGCUGGUGAUGAUGCACGCUGAUGUGGGCAAGGGAAACACAAAACUAUAAAAUGUUUUUGUGUGAAAAUCGGAUGCCGCUAUCUAGAUGAAUCUUAAUCAAAGGGAGAAACCGAACGGAAACAAAUAGAACAUACAUAUAAUAAUUGAUGUGAAGCAACUUAAAUUAUCACCAAUGGAAACAGGAACACCAAAAUUGAUGCAUACUUUUGUAAAGUGCAUUUAAAAAUGAGAAUAAUUUAUUACCAGAAUGUUUUGAACAGUUUAUGGGGCAACAUUAACGUUUUAUGAAAUUUCGAAAAGCCAAGCAUAUAAUGUGUCACCCCGAACUAUAUUUUAGUUAGUUUAUUGAUGUAAUACGUAUGUACCCAUGUACUUAUAAGCGAAAUUCCUAUUUAUUAGCAUUCUAAUUUCUAAUCCCGCAGGGUGUAAAAUAUUUUUUAUAUGGUGACUGUACACAAGACACAUACACAUACCACAUACCAGAUACACACGACAUUCAUAUAUUUGAUGCCAGUAAUUAUAAAUUAUAAGUCCCCAGUCGAAAACGCACAAACACUCGCACCAUAUAAAAUAUAACAACCAAAUGCCUUAUUGUAGACUUCGUUUUAUAUAAGUGUAUAUGAUUUUUGAAUAAUUUUAUAUCAUUUUGUACUACGAUGCAUUUUGAGUCAAAGAAAGAAACCAAAAAGAAA